CUUUGAAGAAAAAAGGAGGAAGCAGAGGGGAGGCAGUGUAGCGGCAGCCGUCUGCUCAACCGGAGGACAAGACAACUUAAUCAGAGAAGGAAAAAAAUAACCAAACUACCGAAAACUAUCCAUAAGCUGGUCCCAGCACCGCCGACAACACCUCCUCUCGGAACAACCCACGAAAGAAAGACUUUCCGCCUCUCCAGAGAGCGUCUGUUUCUGGCACCUGCAACUUGAGGUAGUUCAUUUCCAACAACCAUUAAGGCAGCUGCUUGAAAACACCGGGAGAAUGGCAGACUCGGCGGCGGCCAACAGUGAUGGGGAGGACGGACCCCGCGAGCCUAUGCGGGGCUUCGCGCGCCAGGGAGCUCUCCGGCAGAAGAACGUGCACGAGGUGAAGGACCACAAAUUCAUCGCGCGCUUCUUCAAGCAGCCCACCUUCUGCAGCCACUGCACCGACUUCAUCUGGGGUUUUGGGAAGCAGGGAUUUCAGUGUCAAGUGUGUUGUUUCGUGGUUCACAAACGUUGCCAUGAGUUCGUCACUUUCUCCUGCCCAGGUGCUGAUAAAGGGCCCGCGUCAGACGACCCGAGGUCAAAGCACAAGUUUAAGAUCCACACCUACUCCAGCCCCACCUUCUGUGACCACUGUGGCUCCCUACUCUAUGGCCUCAUACACCAGGGAAUGAGAUGUGACCACUGUAUGAUGAACAUCCAUAAGCGAUGUGUGGCCAACGUGCCGAGCCUGUGUGGCACAGACCACACUGAGAGGAGAGGUCGCAUCCAGAUCACCGCCGAGGUUAAGACCAAUGUUCUCACUGUUACCAUCAAAGAGGCCAGGAAUCUGGUUCCCAUGGACCCCAACGGUCUGUCAGACCCUUAUGUGAAGCUUAAACUGAUCCCGGAUCCCCGCAGCGAGAGUAAACAGAAGACCAAGACCAUAAAGUGCUGCCUCAACCCCACCUGGAACGAGACCUUUAAAUUCCACCUGAAAGAAUACGAUAAGGACCGCCGUCUGUCAGUGGAGAUGUGGGACUGGGACCUGACCAGCCGCAAUGACUUCAUGGGAUCACUGUCCUUUGGCAUCUCGGAGCUCCAGAAACAAGGGGUGGAUGGAUGGUUUAAGCUGCUCUCCCAGGAAGAAGGCGAGUACUUCAAUGUACCCGUCCCUCCGGAGGGGGAGGAGGGCAACGAGGAGCUACGGCAGAAAUUUGAGAGGGCUAAAAUUGGUCCGGGGAAGAACACAGAAGGGAAGUCAGCCAACGCCGCAUCCCGGUUCGACUCCAAUGGCAACCAAGACCGCAUGAAGUUGUCUGACUUUAACUUCCUCAUGGUGCUGGGCAAGGGCAGCUUUGGCAAGGUGAUGCUGGCAGAGCGCAAAGGAACCGAGGACUUGUACGCUGUAAAGAUCCUGAAGAAGGACGUCGUGAUCCAAGAUGAUGACGUAGAGUGCACCAUGGUGGAGAAGAGAGUGCUAGCUUUAUCUGGAAAGCCCCCGUUCUUAACACAGCUGCACUCUACCUUCCAGACUAUGGACCGUUUGUAUUUUGUCAUGGAGUACAUAAACGGCGGAGAUCUCAUGUAUCAGAUACAGCAGGUCGGCAAGUUCAAAGAACCUCACGCUGUAUUCUACGCUGCAGAGAUAGCGAUUGGUCUGUUUUUCCUACAUCAAAAGGGCAUCAUCUACAGAGACCUGAAGCUGGACAAUGUAAUGCUGGACUGUGAGGGCCACAUUAAAAUAGCAGACUUUGGCAUGUGUAAAGAGAAUAUGAAUGAUGGAAUCACAACCAAGACCUUCUGUGGCACACCGGAUUACAUUGCUCCUGAGAUUAUAGCCUACCAGCCUUACGGGAAAUCUGUGGACUGGUGGGCCUUUGGCGUCUUGCUCUACGAGAUGCUGGCUGGACAGCCUCCAUUUGACGGAGAGGAUGAAGAUGAGUUAUUUCAGUCAAUCAUGGAGCACCACGUCUCCUAUCCCAAGUCAAUGUCCAAGGAGGCUGUCGCUAUCUGUAAAGGGCUGAUGACAAAGCAUCCAGCGAAACGCCUGGGCUGUGGUCCAGAGGGGGAGAGAGACAUCAGAGAGCACAGCUUCUUCCGCUACAUGGACUGGGAGAAACUGGAGAACAAGGAGGUGCAACCACCCUUCAAACCGAGAGCCUGUGGACGAGAUGCCGAAAACUUUGACCGUUUUUUCACACGCCACCCGCCAGUGCUGACCCCUCCAGAUGAGGAAGUGAUUCAGAAUCUGGACCAAGACGAGUUCCAGGGAUUCUCCUUUAUCAACCCAGAGUUCACAGGAAAUGCUGCUGCCACCACUGCCACCGAGCAGGCUUGAUUACAGCUCACGCAUGGACACAUGGACACACACGCAAACAUACACAACUGUUUCUUCAGGAUCAAUCCCUACCUAACCCUGAGAUACACGCACGCAUGCGCAAACGUGCCAUCUUAAAUUUCUGAUGAUUUCUGAUGAUUGUGUCGUUAAACUGACAGACAAAGUAAGGUUUUAUGAGAAGAACACACAUUGUUCACACUGUUGCAGCUUGGAUAAUUUGUUGGCCCCUUCUUGAGAUUUAAAAGCUUGAUUUCGUGUGCUGUAGCACGAUUUAAUUACAGAUUUCAUUGAGAGCUUUGGAUAAAUGCAUUUAUACAAAUUUGUCACGAUUAAACACAAUCAAAUCACAGCUGUAACUUAGUACAGUGCAGCAUACAGUAUGCAGUUAGCCUUUUCUUAGCACUGAGAGGGUUAUUACUAUACAUCAAUCAUCCGCAACAUUAAAACCACCUGGCUUUUGUUGCCUAAAUCCCUCUCAUAUCACCAGAACAGCUCUGACUCAUUGCAGACACACAAGAGUCCCUGAGAUGUCCUGUGAUAUCGAGCACCAAGAUGUCAGCAGCAGAUCGUGUAAGUUAGAUCUGGGGAAUUUGGAAGUUAAGACCUUGAGCUCUUUAAAAGCAUUCCUGAAGACGUUUUGCAGCAUUAUGCUGCAAAGUCAAAAGCUGCUGGUGUGUUAUUCAUUUCUGCUGUCGGUGGUUUAAGUGUUGCGGAUGAUCGUUCUAAACCAGUUUAGAAAAAUAGCGUGCAUGACACAGUACAUACCAAGAAGCAUCUGACGUGCUUUCUAAAUCUGUCUUUUUUUUCAUCUUGGGUGAUUUUCAAAUUGUGUUGCUUGCAGUGUGAACAAAGAGUUUGGGUUUAAUUUAGCAUGCGCAAUCAGAUAAAGGAUUAGAAAUUAAUUAGGAUCUUUUAAAGUUCAUAAAUCAUGGAUUUCGAAACCGAGGGACCAAAAUAAUUGGAUUUCAUAUAGCACAGUUAGGGUGUGACUAAAAGGGUGAUUAUAUUUUAAUAAAUGCAUUUACUAAAACUUUUACAAUCUAACUAUAGGAUUUCACAACUAAACAACCGCGAGAUGUCCUGUGUAACAUAGCUUUGGCACUCCAUUUUCUAACUUUUAUUCAGGUGGGAAAUGUGAUUUAGCUUUUCUUUUACCCAUUCCUCAGCUUUUCCAGUGCAUUUUGAUAAGCCUAUAAUUUUAGUGUGCUUCUUAGUGGGCUUAUAUUAAUAAUAGUGUCUGUGUGUUUAUACCUAUAAACUGGAAUGCUUGACAUGCAUGCAUGAGUUUCUAUAUCAAGAGUAGCCCUGGACCUUAUCUCCCAACUGCAUUUUAGCAUAUUUGCUCAUGGAGUAUUAUUUUAAUAAUUAAUACUGCGAGUUUUCAGGUUUGUACCACAAAUAUCAGAUUGCAUGUAAUUUCUGUCCAUAAAAAAUGCUGUUGGGAAAUGUAGUCUUUACCGAGGGUUUGAGUCAGACAAAUAGAUAAUGCCAUUUCUUGUACUCUGAUCUGAUGUCUGUUAAGCAGUAUUUAAGCGAUGAAAAAGACUAGCAGUUAUUUCUUUGUGUUUUAUAAAAGCAUGAUUCCAAUAUCUGACCAUUUGUUUACAGUGUGUGUGUGUGUGUGUGUGUGUGUGUGUGUGUGUGUGUGUCGGUAUAAGCGUGUUUGUGUUAGGGAACAAGUACUGUCUAUGCAAACACACUUAUGUGUUUGCAUUUUUGUGAGUCCAUACAACCUUUUACUUUUGUUAGCGUGGUAAAUGUCGGCAGCCCUCUUUAAAUCGAGCAGUAUUAAUGUGGUAGAGGCAGAAUAGAAAAAUCUAUUUGCAUUUUAGGAAAGAAAUAAAAGAAAUUAGAAUAAAAUGGCUUCUUUGCAAACAGUCUCCAACUACUUUCUGACUGGCAGUGAAACUUGAAGUAAAUUUGCCACAAACUGGAGACAGUUUGGCCUUUCUAGUUUUGCAUUGCACUUCUCAUGGUUUCACUGCUUCAGUUGGUGAGAGUUUGAAGAAAAGUUUUAAAGGUGAGCAACGCAAUCCCAAGAAGGUUUUUGGUGCAGCAUCAUCGUAUACCUCUUUUAGAUCAAGUUCACAUAGCAGUGCAUCAAUCAAUCUCUAGCAUCAACCAGUUGACGAGUCUCCACUCAUAUCCACUAAUAUCUACUGGUAUCCACUAGUAUCCUCUCAUCAAGUGGUUGAUGCUAGGGGUCACAGGUUGGUCUCUAGGUCUGUGCGGCUAGGGCUUUAGAAAGUCCAAAAAAUUUUUAGUUUGGAUGAACAGUGAUGCCAAAUUCCACCUCUGUAGACCUUGGAAAGCACCACCUCAAACACACAGCUGAUUUGCAGGUUAGGAUUUCUUGUCUGAAAGUCAAAAGCGGGCCCAGGUCUCUGCUGUCAAAAUGCAUGUUUAAGUCCUUGAGCAUCUUUAAAAGUCACUUAGCCUAUGAAAAGUUUCUUUAAGGACAGAGAAACAGAAAAUCAGAACAAUAUAUCAGGCUUUCCUGGGUUUUUGGUCUACUUUUCUAGAAGUAGGAGUUGAGGUUUAACCCACUGUGAUUUGCUGUCUGUGUUUGCCAUAAGAAUAACUGGGACAGAAGGUAAUGUUACAGUAGGCCUGCUGAAGUAGAAAACUCUGUGUUUUCUCUUUUGUUUUCCCUAGCAAGCAAUAAUCCUGUUAGUGAUUUACAUAUUGAGGUGGUGAGGUUAGCAGUACGUCUGUUCAGCUCAGGCUUUGUGUCUCUUUGACUCUAGCCACUUAUUAAAGAGGGACAGUGGAGGAGGUCGUUGGGGGGGUUUGUUUGUCUGCAAAGUUGGUGCGUUAACACUCUGGUUCAGUAACUUUCUUCUUGUAUAUCUGCAGCUGAUGGUUUUUGUUCUGGUGGCAGUUGGAGGUCUUCAGGCAUCCACUUGAUCAGAGUUGAAUGGGAUCUUUAUAAUGCAUAGUUUAAAUGUUAAUUAUUGUUAUUGCCAUCAAACGUAACUCUUUAAAAUGAGUUUAGGAGAAAAUAUCAAGGUUUUUUUUUUUUUAAUUGACCUUACUUGAGAUUGGGUAGAAUAUAUCCUCUAUGUCCCCACCAAAGUAUUGAAAGUCUUGGUGCAGGAGGUACCAUUUACUUGCAGAUCCACUUAUUAUUUGAUAGCCAAAAAAGCAACUGCAGGAAUGUUUAGAUCCAGUAUAAUUAUCCUAUUCAAAUAUAAUUCCCUUUUGUGAAAAUUAUUUGGCACACCUGGAUGUUUGCUUAGGUUUAGGGGUUCAUCAUUUAUACUGGGAUUAGGUGAUAGAUUGCAAUUAUCCUGUCGGCUUCAGUCCAAACAAGCGAUGCUAGCAGAUUGUAGAGGUUUGUGCACUGCGUAGAAAUGCUAUCAUACAGUAAAUUCACUUGAAUGAGUGGCAGCUAUCAGUGAUGCUAAGAAGCUUUAAAAGAUAACAGUAAAUUAAUCAUAUGUGACAGCUAUACUCACAGUAAUGUCUGAUUUAGCUAUAGUUGCACAUACUCUGGGCUUCUUCAAUGAUUGUAAUUUUCUUAAUUCAUUACUUUUUUUUAAAAAUGGUAGAUAUAAAAGAGCCCUGUCGCCUACAGAUAGAGUUAAGGUUGUGUCUAAGGUGAGGAAGGGUUAGCAGGAAACUGACAUCGCUAAGAUUUUUUAUCAUCAUCAUUUUGUCGCAGAAUACUGUAACACACGGUCCCUCUAAUCCAAUCAGAUGCGAGCAGAGACAGAGGCCUAUAAUAUACCGUAAUUUGGCUUUUGAUUAAAGCGGUCUCGUUUGGAUGUCUUUUGAGUUUAAAUGCUGAGUUCAGCAGGGGAGAACAUUUCAGUUUUCUAUCGUUUUUCUUGAGUGUGAAUGAAAAUGUGUUUUAUGACUCGAUGUCGCCUGUGUCUACUUUCUAUGUCGAACCUCCAUUGUCAGUAUUUAUUUCAGCCACUGAAAUCUAACAGCAACAGCAACUAUAGAAAUAUAUAUAUAAUGAAACAUAUAUAUUACUGUUAAAAACUGAUAUAUACAUAUAAUUAUACAUGUGGAGGGGAAGAGAAGUCUUGCUCCAGGAUUUGUGUCUGUUUCGAUGAUUCCUUCCUGCUGAUGGAGAAGCAAAAAAGGACUGUGCAUGAAAAAAACAACUUUUUUUUAACCUUUUUUAUUAGUUAGAUAUGAUAUAUAUUUAACAUAUUAGGAUGAUCCAUGUUUCUGUGUCAGCAGUGCUUCAAAGACUGUGUGAUUCCAGCUACUGUUAUUAACGUUAUGUAUGAGCAUAGGUAUAUACUGAAAAAAGGAAAGAAAAAAAUGCUUUAAAAAUGCUUUCCAUGUGCCAUUCUUUUUUCUUUUCUUUUUUUUUGCUUGUUUUUCAAGAAAAGCCGACAUACCCAAAAUAAAGAAUUUCAAUGACGCAUUA